GAUAUUGCCAGGCAUGUUUUGGGUGUACAUAUGCGCCGAGCUCCUCCAGAAUCUGCUGUUGGCGAAAUAGACAUAACUAAAAUGAAGAAAUACAUUGCAUAUGCAAGGCUAAAAUGCGCACCACGUUUAUCCUCAGAGGCUGCAGAAAAGUUGAGUAGUCAUUUCGUUGACAUACGUUCCGAGGUGAAGCAUAUGGAGCAACAAAGCAACGUUCGUUCUUCCAUUCCAAUAACUGUUAGGCAAUUGGAAGCAAUAGUCCGCAUUUCUGAAUCUUUGGCCAAAAUGACCUUGUCACCGCGUGUAACGGAACAACAUGUUGAUGAGGCGAUACGUUUAUUUAAACAUUCUACCAUGGAUGCUUUACAAUCAGGAGAGGUUGAAGGUAUGUCUCAAGCAGAGGUGGCACACCAAUUGAAGGUUGUGGAAAGAGAGAUCAAGAGUCGCAUCCCUAUGGGUUCAAGAGCCUCUACACAACGAAUAAUCAAAGAACUUGAAAAGAAUUUUUCUGUCAUUGUUGUCGGACGUGCUAUUGAUAUCUUGGUUAGGAGAGAAGUCCUUCAGUAUAGGAAUCAGCGAAAAGUAAUAUUUAGGUGCGGUGUAUAA